CGCCAUCUUGCACAGCGCAGAACUCUGCACGCACGUGCAUACGACAUCUUUUUUGCUCAGAGACAACAAAGGCAUGCGCAGUCACGUCAGGACCCUACCGUGACUUGAAGACAUUACGCGUGAACUGGAUGUCAUUCCAGGCUCUACCGGAAGAUAUACAAAUCGGAAGACACACUUUUGGGACUUUCACUUCCGGUACAUUAUGCGAGGAAGUAUCUUUCCCAAAGAAUUUCCCUGGCCGUCCAGAUGUGUAUGCCACGCAAGUACAUACUGUCACGCGUUUCAAGAAGGACGCUGCCACCAUAUGGGUAGAGGACAUAAAGCCGCCCUCGUUCCACGCGUGUCUUCGCGAAUUGAAGAACUUUAACGGCGCGCACGAGGCGAUUGUAGUAAGAAUGACUGAUACCGGCUUUGAGCUGUGCAUGAAAGACGGACAAAAACAUCACAAGAAGCACACGAUGAUUGAUAUACAGUACAUGGCUCUGGGAGAUCUGGACCCAUGCCUCUACGUGACCUGUGGGUUCUACGCUCAAUGCGUGGCGUUCGGUCCGGGGGACGCCUGGUGUGUGUGUGACUACACGUGUCCCUCUUACCAUGACACGUUAUGUAGCACGGCGGGUGUGACUACACGUGUCCCUCUUACCAGGACACGUUAUGUAGCACGGCGGCACGGCGGGUGUGACUACACGUGUCCCUCUUACCAGGACACGUUAUGUAGCACGGCGGGUGUGACGUAUAAAAACACGUGCCAGUACCAGAAGGCAAUUUGCCAAGCCAAGGAGAACACCCCUAUUUCGCAUGCGGGCAACUGCAGGCCCUUCAUCUUACAGCGAGGUCGUGCCCAGCUCUCUCUCGACUCCGUGGACGUCCAGUGUCAAGAGUUAUCCACGGAUUCAACCCAAUUCUACAGCUCGUUAGAAGUCCACGCCCUCCUCACGGUCAACUACGACGGCCAGGCUACUAAUGCCACCCAUGACGCAAUAACCACGUGGGUUGAGAAGAUCAGUCAUUCUAAAUUCACGACGUGCGCACUUAAGGUCGGGCGAAACGAGUACGAGGGUCUGGAGACAUUUUUAGUUAAAAUACUAUAUUUUAAACUGUUGCAGAAUAAGUUCGGUAGCCAGCCGUCCAUUCUGCUAACCGCUAAGCACACCCGGGCGGAUCUCAAACACGACUCGGCCACCCUGUGGACGGAAGAUAUCUCUGCCGGGAACUUCAAACUGUGUCUUCGCGAGUUGCAGAACUUUGACGGCGCACACAAGGACAUACGCGUGAACUGGCUUGCAUAUGAAGAUCUUCCAAGAAACUUCUUCUCGGAACACAACAAUGUGGAAUUUGCCGUCAAUUACCGCAACGUUCCAACGAUGCUGAUAAGCGCUACCCACAAUUCUACGCGGUCUGGAGCUAUUCUACCAAAGUACAACAGUAUUGCAUCAUGGGUAGAGAAUGUCGACAAGCGUGGGUUUCGCGUCUGCGUCCGGGAAUUCAACGAUGAGGGAACUUACGACCCUGUAGCAGUCAGUUGGACAACUCUACCAGGUAAUCACUAUACCUCAACAGGUAAUUUCAAUACCUCUACCAGGUAA